GAGAGGAUCACGGUUUUUUAGAGUUAGUUAUCAAUCAUUCCCAAUCCCCAUCUCCAACGGCUAGUGAAAAAUCACUUUGUUUCUUCAAAUUUUACUUUCAAAGAUUCGUUCUCAGAAGAACCAAGAUCAAGAUUCAACGAUUUCCUUCUCUUUGUCCAUUUGUCGAAAACCUCACGGAUCAAACCCAGCUCUGGAAAUUAGAUGGGGACAGUAUAUGAAGAGUUGGAUGAAGCUAAAGCGGAGAUUGAAAAGCUCAGGGAGGAUUACCGGGCUAAAUUACAACUUUCUGAGAGCUUGAAGAGAGCUCACAACGAGCAACUCAGCAAGUUUCAGGACGCUAAUUUGAAAAUAGAAAAGCUUUCUGAGGAAUUAGUUGAGAAGGCUGAAGAAAUCUGCGUUGCAAAGCAAAUGUAUGAAGAGCUAAAGGUAACCUUGAAAGAUAAAGAGGCUGCCAUCAAGCACCUGACUUCGGCCUGUGAUAAGCUUCGAACCGAUUGCAAAGAGAAACUUCAAACAUUUGAGGAAGAGAGUAAGGGGUUGGCAUUGGCUUUAGAUGAAGCAAAUGCAAAGAAUCUGGAUCAAGAGCAACAGAUCAGAUUGUUGAAAGAAGAAGUUGAAGGGCUUAGGGGAAUUGUGUCUGCUUCUCGAGUUAAGGAUUCAGCAGGAGGUGGAAAGACUAGAGCAUCCCAAGAGUUGAAACGGAGAGAAGUUGAUGUGAUGCUUAAGUUAGAAGAGGACAAGACUAAGUAUGAAAAUCAGCUCAAAUGGAAGAAGGAACAGUUUGCCCAUUUGGAAGAAGCUCAUCAGAAGCUUAAGCAUCAGUUUCAAGUCAGUGAGAAAGAGUGGGAGAGGGAGAAAGCUUCAUUGUUUGAUGAAAUCUCUAGGUUGCAGACAAACUUAGAGUCUCAAACUAGAAUUUCUGAAUCCCUUCAAAACCGCCUGCAACUGUGCAACCAGGCUCUUGCCCAUGAAGAGACGAAGAGGAAACGGGUGGAAAUUGAGCUUUCUGAAUUGAAGACUCAUUUUGACAAUGUUUUUGUUGAAUAUGAGGAGGCAAAGUCCACUGUUGAAAGCUUAACAGAUCAAAGGGAUAAAGACAUUGCCAGCUUGAGAAACACUUUGUGUACAAAAGAGAGCCUUUAUAAGGAAAUGGAAUAUCAGGCUAGGGUUCUGAAACAAGAAAACCAGGAAUUGAUGGCAUCCCUUAAAGAACUCCAGGAAGCACAGAUUCAGGAAGGAGGAGGAAGUUUUUCUUCCUUAACAAAGCUUCGGAACAAGCUCAAAGGUCUGGAACAGGUGCAUCGAGACUGUUCUGCAAGACUCAAGUCUAAGGAAGCAGAAUGGAAUUCCGAACUGGAUGUUUUGAGGGAGAAGCUCAAAUGUUGCUGUUCUGAGUUGGAUAGCAAGAGUGCAUUGGUAGAUCAGCUCAAAAUGGAGGCAGAAGCUCACGAUUGCCUUAUAAUGCAGCAAGCUUCGCAAAAGGAAGAAUCUGCUGUGAUGAUAUUGGUAUUGAAGUCAGUAUGUUUGGAGGCCAAGAUGAAGCUUGAUGAUGUUUAUGCUGAUUUAGACAAAAAAAAUAAGGAACUUGAGAAGUGCCUUUCUCAGUUAAGAUAUCUUCAAAAGGUUCACAAAGGCUGCUCAGACAGACUCAAGUUAAAAGAGGCUGAGUGGAAAGAUGAACUAGAGAGUUGGGUGGAGAAGCUGAAGAACUGCAUGUCUGAACUAGAGAGCAAGAAGAUGAUUAUAGAUCAGCAACAAAUGGAGGCAAAAGGUCAUAAUUCUUUGGUAGAAAACCUAUCAUCACGUGAUGAAGAAACUUGUGAUUCUCUGCUCGAUCAGCUUGCACUGCGUGAUGAAGAAGCUGCUUUGAUCUUACUGGUGUUAAAGUUGGAAUUUACUGAGGCCCACAAAAAGCUUGCUGUUAUGUGUGCUGACUUGGAAGAGAAAAACAAAGUGACUGAUGAAAGGAUUUCUCAACUGCUGACACAAUUGGAGAUGAAAAACACUGCUCUGGUGAAAGCCCAACUAGAUGCUGAAGAAGAGCGCCAGAAGUUUUCCCAAUUGGCAUUGAAAGCUGAAUCUGUGAACUUUGUGGAAGAACAACAAGUUAUGCAACAUCAAGAGAUUGACAAGCUAGAAAGGAUGCUGAGGAAAUCGCAUGAAAGUCAGUCUGAACUAAAGCAGCAGUUGAUAAGAGUGAAAUUUGAAUUGAAAGAAGUUCAGAAGGCCUUGAAUGUGGCUGAUGAAGAGCUGGAAGAGCAAAUAUGCCGAAGAAUUGAAUCUGAAUUUGGUGUGCAUUUAUGGAGAUCUGCAGUUGAACAGUUAAAAAUGAACCUUCAAGAAAAUCAUAGGGUCGUAGAAGUUUCUCUUCAAGCAGAAUUGAGGAGCUUGAAAAGCGACUUGAAGAAGGCUCGUAGGACACUGGCUAAAGCAAAUGAAGAAUUGGAUGAAAGAUUUUGUGAAGUAAACAAAGCUGAUUUUGAGUUACAACUGUGGAAGUCCAUUGCUGAACACCUGAAAGUCGCCCUUGAAGAAAAUCACCAAAUGCGCAGGCAAGUGGAGGCUUCUCUUCUUGCAGAAGUGGCUCUUGAAGUCAAUCUGAAUCAAGAAAAAGAAGGCCUCUUGAAUCAGCUUGAGGAGAAAAACAAUAUCAUAAAUGGACUGCAUGAGCAAAUCAUUCAAUUGAAUCAGGAACUUGAUUCGCACGAUAAGGAGAGCCUCCACCAUCUUGUGGAAGAGAGAGAACAGAGAAUAGAAAAUCUGCAGCAGCUUGUGAAGUCACUGGAACAAGAGUUUGAGAGUUCUACAACAUCUUUUUCCUCUAGACUAUCUGGAAUGCAAUCAGAGAUGAAUAUCUUUAGAGAAGCAUGGCAGAAGAUCACAACAUCCGUGUUUUUGAAGGAGGUAACAAUCGAGGAGAAAAACUUGAUCAUUCAGGAGUUGGAAAAUGAGUUGCUUGAUCUGAAAGAGCUUCUACGACAAGCAAAGACAUCAGAUAUUGUCAUUCAGAAGCUUCGGGAUGAAAAUAGCAAGAUGGCUGAAGAUGUAACGAAAUUAUCGUCAGAGCGGGAUUGUUUGCUGGACACUCUAAACAGGCUAUCUGACAGAAUGAACAAGUUGUCAAUGGAUGAUGUGCAGCUAAUGGAAAGCUUGAGAAGUAUAGUGCAAACUUUCGAUUCAAAUGAGUUCAGAACAACUGAUGCAUUGAAGGAGAACAGCAACAGCAACCUGUAUUCAUCUCCUAAAGGCAAGAAGAAGGCUGAAGCAGCAAUCAUUGACGAACGAUUGCCGUUUAGAGCUCUCAAUAGCUAGUUGAGCCGUCUUGAUUUUAUGCAUGCAAUUGAUAUUUAUAGUUGUACGCAAUAAUCACCAUUUUAGCUUUGCUGUGUACCAUCAUACCGCUUUGGCUUUUCAUUUAAAUCAGAGCAGGUAUGCUUAAAUUUAGUUCAAAAUUAUCUAACUUUGAACAGCAGUCAGGUUCUUUUAUUCAAUCUGAAUUAACCACCAAUUAUUCCAGAUUUUCUUUACUCAAGAGUCACUUUUUUCACCUGUGUUACUUCUGACUAAUAAUAAUAAGAGUCUAAAAGGUACUACCAGGAUUCUAUUAAUACAUACAACUUUGUCCAUGAGUAACAUUUUUCAAGGUAUAAACUGUCUACUUUAAGUUUCAACCCACAAAUCCGCCUUAAUUUCCAAUAAUCGAAAGAUUAUUUUGUCUUCUUUCUGCCAUUUGAACUGGAUACUUGGGAGAAGUCGGAGAGUCCCUGUCUCAAAGCCUCAAGUGUUACUCCAUCAUAAACUAAAACACUUGUAACGCCCAUUUUUGAGACCUGAAAACAAUUUUAUGAUUACUUUGGUUAAUAAAUCAUGCAUCCUAGGCCACCGAGAGUAAAACAUUGCUUUAGAAACAAAACUCCUACCGCUUCAAUAUUUCUAUCUUCAUCAUCAAAGAACAGCAUUGACUCAAAGGGUAUUCCAGUCUUCUUGUGAAUUUUCUGAAAAUGCUGUGUCUUGUGUGUCCAGCUCGAGAAUAUCUCCUGGUACCACCAUGACCAUAAGAAUUAAUCAUCCCAAAAAUAAAUGUGAAAAGCUUGGAGAUGGAAUCAGCAAUUUUAUCGUUGUGCAGAUAAUUCAAAUUGCAUUAUGACAUGGAACACAUAGAAAGUAGACUAUAUUCUGUUUGCUUCAUCUCACAUCGCAGUUUCAAUUAUUCUAUUCAAGCUUACCUCAGCAACAAAGAUAGACCUU